UAUCAAGUUAUCGUUUGUCUUCGUCUGUGAAGAGAGCGAGAUGGCAACGGCGUCGUUUAGGUGGAUCUUGCAGCUCCACAGAGACGUACCAAAAGCGGCUCGAUUCUAUGAGAAAGGUCUCGAUUUCUCCGUCAAUGUCGUUACCUUACGUUGGGCUGAACUUCAGUCAGGUCCCCUCAAGCUAGCUCUUAUGCAAGCUCCCAGCGAGCAUGUGAUGAGUGAGAAAGGAUACUCUUCGUUACUAUCGUUCACUGUAGCAGACAUUAAUACAACAAUCUCUAAACUUAUGGAAUUAGGAGCUGAACUCGAUGGCUCUAUCAAAUAUGAAGUCCAUGGCAAGGUUGCUUCUGUGAGAUGUCUUGAUGGUCAUGUGCUCGGACUCUAUGAACCUUCAUGAGUUUUCUAUUCAGUUCGGAUUAUGUGGAUUUGAUUUUGUUUUUUUCGAUCCGAUUUUGGUUGAAUAAUGUUUCAAAAUUUUGCUAAUCGGAUGUUUGGUAAGGACUUAGCUCUAAGACAAAUGUAAAUCUAAUAUAUCCGGCGCAGAAAAGUCGUUAAUUGAUUGUUCAACUAAUCGUCUAGACAUUCGAUCUAUUAAAGACAGGGGAGAUAUGUUUUACAAAUUUAAAAG